CAUCCUUCAUCCGGGUCCCUGCGUGCCCCUUCUGCCAAGCAGCGCUGACUACACAGUCUGUAGGAUGACAUCACGGGGCAUAGGAAUGGCGGCUGUGACUGAUGAUGGAGGAAGGAGUCAAGAGACCCUGAAACUUUAUUCUAACGUCGCUUAGAAAGAAUUCUGCUUUCAAGAGGCGUAGAAACGUUGUUCGACCAUAGCAUAGAUUCAGAAAAGAAGUGUUGCUAGAUCCACGGUUCGAUUUAGACGUCCAGACCUGAGAGUGCACUACUGUUGACUUUUUUGAGGCUAGUUUUCUAGCUAGCUUGGCUGGCUUGUGUGGAUUGACGAUUGCCACAGCCUGUAGCUAGCUAGGCUAGCAUUUGUUUGCAGGCCAAUUCUGUCUAGGUUAUUUUUAUUUGGCCUAACAAAGACCUGAAAUAGCUCCAGCGUAUACAACAAGUUUAUUGCUUUAUCAUAUCACAAUUUGGCUGUUUUCGGCAUUUUUGCUUGCCAGAAGGAAGCUAAGCUAACCAGCAUCGUCUGUCCCCUCUCGCCCUUUUUCGGGGAUCAGUUCUGGCAAGUAACGUUAACUAGGACUCAUCAACAGCCAGUUGUCCGCGUACUGGGAACAUUUUAUGCCAUCAUGGAAAGUCUUACUCUAAGCGACGUGGAACAGAAAUACUACUCGGACCUGUUCGUUUAUUGCGACACGGACAACACCAAGAAAGUGGCUUCGAACGGGAGAGUUCUUGACCUUUUCCGGGCGGCCCAGCUUCCCAGCGAGGUGGUAUUGCAGAUCACAGAACUGUGCGGUGCCACCAGACUGGGCCAUUUUGGACGGAGCCAGUUCUACAUAGCCCUGAAACUCAUCGCCAUAGCCCAGUCUGGCCUGCCUCUACGCGUCGAGAGCCUGAACUCCGUGAAGGACCUGCCUCUGCCCAGAUUCCUGGUGGGGAAGAACGAGCAGGAGACCAGGCACCAGGCCCUCUACCCGGACUCUGACAACCAGGGGCCUUACCCCGGGGUCAUCCCCAGACCCCCCGGACGUGGCCAGGCCAAGAAGAUUACCACCGCCCCCCACGAGGUCAUCCAGCCCUGUGGGCCUAGCUUAGAUACACAGCCUGACUCCACCUCUCCGGUCGUGUCCCCCCACCAGUCCCCCCCCACCUCACCCCCCUCCUGGAGGAAGCAGCACAAACGGCAGGCCAGCGGGGGGAACGCUGACAGACAGCCUGUUGUCACCGGGGCGCUGUGGACGCCUUUCAGAGAAGCACAGUCAGGACCAGUGUCAGCUGAUGGGAUGUGGUCGGCCCACUCCCCCCCACCCGUUCAAGAAAGCUGGGAGAGCUCGUCGAUCAGGUCGGUGGCCUCAGCUGCGACCACCAAUGAGAUCCAAAGACAGUCGAGUAGCUAUGACGACCCCUGGCGAAUCACGGACGAGCAGAGGCAGUAUUACAUCAACCAAUUCAAAACCAUCCAGCCAGACCUCAAUGGCUUUAUACCUGGUUCCGCAGCGAAAGAGUUCUUCACCAAAUCCAAGCUCCCCAUCCUGGAGUUGUCCCACAUCUGGGAGCUGUCUGACUUUGACAAGGACGGGGCCCUGACACUGGAUGAGUUCUGCGCUGCCUUUCACCUGGUGGUGGCGAGGAAGAACGGCUAUGACCUCCCAGAGAAGCUUCCAGAAAGCCUCAUGCCAAAGCUGAUAGACUUGGAUGACUCAGCAGAGGUCCCAGAGACGGCCCCUGACGUGGGUUACUCAGGGUCACCCGUGGAGGUGACCCCCAACAAGUCCCCCUCCAUGCCCUCCCUCAACCAGACCUGGCCCGAGAUGAACCAGAACAACGAGCAGUGGGAGACCUUCAGCGAGCGCUCGUCCAGCUCACAAACGCUGACCCAGUUUGACUCUAACAUUGCACCAGCGGACCCAGAUACAGCCAUCGUUCACCCUGUCCCCAUCAGGAUGACCCCCAGUAAGAUCCAUAUGCAGGAGAUGGAGCUGAAGAGAACAGGAAGUGACCACACACACCCGACCAGCCCUCUGAUGGCGAAGCCCGCGGAGCUGUCGGAGGACGCCAAGCUAGCCAGCUCCAUGAAGUUCGUACCGGCCAGCACAGGGAUGAUGUCGUCUCUUCCCGUCGGCGAUGGCUACAGCAGUUCGGACUCCUUCACCUCGGACCAGGAGCCAAUCACGAGCGCGGUAACGAGACAACGGUCCCACUCGGGGGCGUCCCCCGAGAGUCUGAAGGUGGUGGCACCCCCCCCGCCGCCACCCCGGCCCCAGGCGUCCCACUCGCGCUCCUCCUCUCUGGACAUGAACCGCAGCUUCGCCGCCGUGGCCCCACCCCCGGGACCGCCCCAGCAGCAGGGCGGAGCCGUGGCCUAUCCCCCCGCCGUGCCCCCCAGGCCUCUGAACACACAGACGUCGGGUCCCCACAGCCAUCGUUCGGACGAGGGUCUGUCCUCCCCACAGCAGAUCCCAGAGCAGCCCAACUUCGCAGACUUCAGCCAGUUCCAGGCCUUUGCCUCCUCCGAGCAGCCAGGCGCAGAGACAGAUACACACCCAGACACACACACACAGUCGGAGAAGCCGUCAGAGUCAGCAGGGCCGCUGAGAUCCGUGAAGAGCAUAGAGGAGGAGAGAUCCGCGGCCGCAGUCAACUCCGCCAAGGGCUCGAGCGGCCCCCUGGCCCCUCCCCCCAAGCCGGUGAGGCGGAGGCUGAAGUCGGAGGAUGAGCUUAGGCCGGAGGACGAGCCACCCCAGAAGACCACCAUCAUCACCGCCGUGCUCGCCACACAAGCCUCCAUACCCAGGUCUGUGGGAAAGGAUAAGAAGGCCAUCCAAGCCUCGAUCAGGAGAAACAAAGAGACCAACACCGUGCUUGCCAGGCUCAACAGCGAACUACAACAGCAGCUUAAGGACUUGCUAGAAGAAAGGAUAUCUCUGGAGGUCCAACUGGAGCAGCUCAGACCUUUCUCACAUCUCUAACCAGUGUGUGUGUGUGUGUGUGUGUGUGUGUGUGUGUGUGUGUGUAUGCCUGUGUGUGCACGGAGGACGACUCCGUCAGUCGAAGAUACUAGAACUCUGAAGAAGGGGCCUUCUGCGUGGCGCACAUGCCCCAACAACUAACCCCGCCCCUUCGUUGUCUCCUCACCCCCUGAACUGUGCUCUACUCUGCCAUUGGCUGAUUGCUGGCACCACACACACAUUUAGAAGUCACCAGUUGCACCAGAGAGGGGUCGGGUGGGGAAUGUUACAUGUACUGGCACUUUUAUUUCUACCAGAGUAAACAAAGAUGAGCAGAUUCCGAAGUCGACGAGGCGCGCACACACACAUACAUACACACACACAUUGAACUGGAGUUAGUCUUUCCCCUGUUCACCAUGACUAGUAUUCAGAUGAUACGAGUGCCGUGUGUGUGUCCGUGCUAUCGUGUGUGUGUCGGAAUUCUGGUGGAUGGGGUUGUAGGUGAAGAUGAUGCCUAAUUCUGGAUGGCCCAUAGCUGAUCAUGGGAUCAUAUGGGUGACAGGAACUCCUUAUAUGUUACCUCCUGCUUACUGUCUACCCCACAAUGUAAAAGUGGACUUUGUGUGUUUGUGUGUGUACGUACGUGCGUGUGUGUGCGUAGUGGAUGUACCUAUGUGCACAGGCAACGGUUACAUAAAUGGCAUGAGGCGAGGAGUGUAUGCAUUCUGUUUUCUAUGUCAGCGACUUUUCUUUUUGCAAUUUAGUUUCUUUCUCUCUCUCUCGCUCUCUCCUCCUCGCUCUGCUCUUGCCUCCUCAAAUCUCCUGGAGCCUGGAUGUCCAGCCAGGGCACAUCAUGUGACGUAAACCUGCCUUCUGUUGCCCUUAAACACCAGGGGGCGUGUUCAGAAGGCCCCGCCUUUAUUAAAAGAGGUUGAAACCAGAGAGGGUUUCAAUCCGCCAAGCUCUCCUCAAGUCCAUUCUGCAACGGUGUGCGGUGUUGACCUCUCUUGAAUCCCUCCCUCAUGUCAUGCCCAGUUAUGGAAGUGAGACCCAUAUAACCCCACUGCACUUUGGCCCCCUUAACCUUUUUAACUGUCGUUCUGUCCUUGUCCAAACUCUUGACACCAUCUAAACCCGCAUGUCCUCCUUCAUCCGAAAACUGCUUACAAUUCAAACCGAACCACUCGAUUUAUACCUGCAAAUCCUAAACAAAACUAGUAUGUGUUGGUACCUUAAUAAUUUGUUUCACUUUUUUCCGUUUUUUUGUUGUGUUUAUUCUUUGAACUUCCUGUGUUUUCGAAAAUAACCUGUCCUCUAAAAGCCUUACUCCUUCCUGGCGUUCAGGUUGUCACGGUAACCUCCUUGUGUUGCACCAAGGCUAGCCUUCUUUUUCUGUUCAGGACGAUGAUGAAGAUGUACUGUACGAGAGGAGUAUGUUGUAUAUUGUAUAUGAUACACACCUUUUGAUCUCAUGUGUAAAUUUGCAUUAAUUGCUGACUAACAGCAAAAAAUAUUCUAUUUAAUUGCUUCUAUUAUGGCUGUGGGAUCCUAGAUGUUAUACUGCAUGGAUGUAUCUCUGCAGAAUAAACUAGCAGCUGUGUGAUUUUUACACAAAAAUAAAAACGGCACAAUAUUUUAA